UGCCAGGGUUGUGAUCGGACACGUUGUAAACAGUGGAGGUCAGCUGUCACUGAUGGUGGCAGAGUGACGCCUGUAGUUCAUUAUAUUUAGCCACCCAGAGUGUUUUCUGGACAGGCGACAACCAUGAUUCACAGCCUCUUUAUUAUUAACUCGUCCGGGGAUGUGUUCAUGGAAAAGCACUGGAAGAGCGUCAUCCCUCGAUCUAUCUGCGAUUAUUUCUUUGACGCUCAGAGGAAGGCUAAUAACAAUGAGGACAUUCCACCAGUUAUCACCACGCCACACCACUACCUCAUCAGCGUGUUAAGAAGUAACCUCUUCUUUAUUGCUGUUUGCAUGACUGAAGUUCCACCUCUGUUUGUGAUAGAGUUCCUUCAUCGUGUGGUUGACACGUUUGAAGAUUACUUUGGAGAGUGUACCGAGUCAAUAAUUAAGGAGCACUAUGUAGUGGUCUAUGAGCUGUUGGACGAGAUGUUGGACAAUGGAUUUCCGCUGGCCACAGAGAGCAACAUCCUGAAGGAGCUCAUCAAGCCUCCAAACAUCCUGCGCACCAUUGCCAACACUGUUACAGGCAAAUCAAAUGUAAGUGCCACUUUACCAACUGGGCAGCUUAGUAAUGUGCCGUGGCGCCGCUCUGGUGUCAAGUACACGAACAACGAGGCGUACUUUGAUGUCACAGAGGAAGUGGAUGCUAUUAUUGAUAAAUCUGGGGCAACUGUUGCUGCUGAAAUCCAGGGAUAUAUUGAUUGCUGUAUAAAGUUAUCUGGAAUGCCAGACCUCACCCUAACAUUCAUUAACCCACGGCUCUUUGAUGACGUCUCGUUUCAUCCAUGUGUGCGGUUGAAACGCUGGGAAUCGGAGAGAGUGCUAUCUUUCGUCCCUCCAGAUGGCAACUCGCGUCUCUUGUCCUACCACAUCAGCUCACAGUCGAUUGUUGCCAUUCCUGUAUACAUAAGACACAAUAUAUCUUUCCGAGAUGUAGGCGGAGGAAGAUUAGACAUCACUGUAGGACCAAAGCAAACCAUGGGACGAGCGGUUGAAGGGGUAGUGUUGGAAGUACCAAUGCCAAAGUGUGUCUUGAAUUGCAACCUGACAGUCUCUCAGGGGAAGUAUACAUUUGACCCAGUUUCAAAGGUGCUGCGGUGGGAACUAGGACGCAUAGAUCCAACAAAAUUACCCAAUAUGCGUGGAAAUAUGAGUGUACAAAGUGGCGCUCCUUCCCCAGAAAGUAAUCCAACAAUAAAUGUACAGUUCACCAUCACGCAGCUGGCUUUGUCAGGCCUCAAGGUCAACCGCCUUGACAUUUAUGGAGAGAAAUACAAGCCAUUCAAGGGUGUCAAGUACAUCACCAAGGCUGGUCGCUUUCAGGUCCGCACAUAAGCAAUUAAUGUGUCGUUGAAGAGAAUUAAUGAUCUGUAGACUAAUGAUGGGAAUAAGUUUAAUAUUCUCAUGUUUCCAUUUUUUUUUUAAGUUUAGAGAAUUAAAGUGCAAAUUUAUAUAACUUAAAGCAAAAAUUCAUAUGUACAGCACUGUUUCAACCAUUUGUUGCAACAAGGUUUUAUAUUUGUAAAUUAUCUGCAGAAUAGUUAGUAUAAAUAUAUAUAUUCCUUGUCUUUAUACUCAUGUUGGUGCAUAUUUAAUAUAUCCUUAACAAAUAUUUAUUUUGAAUUUACUUAAAACAUUAUAAAAUAUUUAAAUGUUGAAAAGUUCCUGUAUACUGAAAUGUUUGGAUACUUCCCAGUAACUUGGAUUCUAUGGCUGAAUCCAAAAAGAAAUCUGAUAGCAGUCUUUCCAAAACAAAUUGCAGACCAACAGCAAGAUGUCAUGUACAUAAGUCUUGAUUGGUUUUGUAUAAAGAACAUUGCACCAAAGAAGGCUUAGUCAUUGAUGCAUACGGCUAUUUCAAUACUGUUCGACAAUGUACUGUAAUAAAGUUGGUAUUAUGCUGCAAUACAUUCCAACCUCAAAUUUUAGUUAAGGAUCUAAUGGGGGGGGGG